AGGCAGCCCGUACAACAUGCGCUGUGCAGUUAGGACCGGCGGCGGCAUGUUACUCACGUCUUUGCAUUGAUAUUUCUGGCAUUACAAUCACUUCAUACCUAAUGCAUUUAUUUAAUCCAACUUAGUAUUAUUAUGAAGUACUUCUGAACUGUUAAAACAGGCAAAAAAUAGUUGUGCAUUUAGAUGUCCUAUACCCAGAUAGCCUACAUUUAAUAUUUUUUACGUUUUUUACCAACGUUUUUCUCAGCACAAUUUCAAGGGAAAAGUUGCACUCGCAGGAUUGUCCUAAACAGAAGGAAACCCGCAGGUCACUUGGAUGAAUCUCGCAGCUCCCUUUCGGCUCUGUGCAUAUGUUGCCUGGGCUGUGGAUGUGGACUGAGACGGUAUCUGGGUGAAGCAAAAUACAUUCUUCAGUUUUUCUUCUGGUACAUUUGAAAAACAAGGAAGCAACCCAAUGUUGCAACCACUGGCACGGUGCUCCACCGCUCACUUAUCAUUGCGCUGGCAUUUCAGGACUCCGCCAGAAUAUUCCGUUUAAGGACCCUGCGCUCCACGCUUUUUCUUAGGCAGUUUUAGACACUGGAGACAGGUGUAUUUCAGCAACUGAAGAUGCCUUUUUUCCCUUCAAGGUUCAUCUGCGUGUGUUUACAUUUCCUAGUUCUGUAUUUCCAGCUACAGGAGUCUCAGCAGAGGUUAGCUGACUUUCGGCUGUACAUUGAGAACCACACGCGACACCCGGAAGAUCUGAGCCGGAAGCAGAUACGCAUCUACCAGCUAUACAGCCGUACCACAGGAAGACACGUCCAGGUCUUGGGCAAGAAGGUCAAUGCCAACGGGGAAGAUGGGGGCCAGUAUGCUGUCUUGGUGGUUGAGACCGAGACCUUUGGGAGUCACGUGCGUAUUAAAGGAAUGGAGACAGACCACUACAUUUGCAUGAACCGAAAUGGAAAGAUUAUCGGAAAGCGCAACGGGAGGAGCCAGGAGUGCGUCUUUGUCGAGGAGUUUCUGGAGAAUAACUACACUGCGUUACUGUCUGUGAAGUAUAAGGGGUGGUAUCUGGGAUUCAACCGCAAGGGGCGCCCCAAGAAGGGCUCACGGACUGCACAGACACAGCAGGAGGCUCACUUCAUGAAGCGCCCCCCCGGGGGCACAGCAGAAUUGCCGGAGGACUUCCGCUUCACCCCCGUGACCAAACGGACACGCAGGGCACAGCGCUUGAAAGCCAGCUCCGGCACACACUGAGAGACCGGACGCUCGAUGGGGAGCGCACACGUCCGUUUCCAUGGAAACCUUUUGUCAUCGACUGUUAAAUUUCAAAUAUGUUCUAUUUUUAUAUUGCCAGGUCUAUAAUAAUAUGUAUUAUUUUCUCUUAUUUAUUUUGCAUUGACUUCCAAAGAAAACAAACACACUAAAUCUCUCUAAUGGUAUUGUAGAUUAGUACCAGAGGAAAUGUAACUUUAUAACUUUGCUUUGGGCAAAGGGACGGAUGUUUGAUUAUUUGGGAAAAUCGUCUCUUCCCGGCGGAAAACCCAAAAAACUGCUGUGUUCCUUGACACACACUUGGUUCGGAUGCUACAAAGACAAAUUGAGGGAGAUGCAAUAGUGUGAGAUAUUCCAAUAACUUUCUUACUAUUAAGUGCAAUAUUAUGUUUUUUAAAGUGUGCAGGCUCUUUCUAAGGGAUUUGCAAGCUGAUUGGUGGAAUGUGCUGAUGUCAUCACGCACGUCAUGAUUAUCAUUUUUCUGCUGAAAUUUUUGUGCACCCUAUGAGUCAUUAUAACCCAACCCGUAAAUAUUGCUAUAGCUGAACUUACUGAAAUUCCCAGUAUCUUCUAACCAAAUUUCACCACAAAUCUAAUGGUUUUACAGUGCUCAGAAACCAGCCUACUAAGUUUGGUGCCUGACAGUUCAGCAGCAUUGGAGUGAUAUAUAAUGAGUUCAUAAAAGCAGGCUGUUACUCUUGUGUCUCUUCUCUUUCCACUGACCAGGAGCUGGCAUGAUCAUGGAUAUCCUAUCAGCAUGAACUUGAACCCUUUAAUGCAGGGGUGGGCAACCCUGAUCCUGGAGUGCUGGUAUGGAGCAGGUUUUCCAUCCUACCUGGUUCCUGAUGAACCACAUCUGAUCUCAGGCAGAUAGUGACUCAUCAGAUAGGAUAAAGAACAUGCUGGAUAUUGACACUCCAGGAUCAGGGUCUCCUACCCCCGCUGUGAUGCAUUAGUUGUACCUGUCAGCUUUACAGCAUUAUAACAUGCUGUUGUUGGUAGCCAGCAUUGUUUCAUGACUGAGUAUUUGGGUCAUAAAGGUGGCAUUAUGUCCACACCUGCCGUUUUGAUAAGUGUAUAUGAGAAGCUACUAACAUGAUACAUUUGUGAUUUUAAGAUAGUAUACAAAAAAUAUUUUUAUUACUAUAAUGAAAUAUUUAUUGUCUUUAUAAAUAAGGAUGUUGAAAUAGUUUGACCUCUGCUAAUAAAGCAAGACGUUUAUUUAAAAAUGA